UUACUUCGUCUCCCUCUUGGACGACUUCAUCAUGGCAACGGAACCUGACCUCGUGGAAGACAUGCCUAUCGAGGUGGGGUCACCCACCGAGGUCGCUGACGAGUCGGACAUGGAUGUGGAUAGGGAAGGUACCAGACCUACAGGGAGUGGCGGUGGUGGUGGAGGUCGGGAACGUGAAGUCAAGACGGAAGUGACUACGGCAGCGGUGGACCACAAGCCUGAGAACAGAAAACGUCGUGCGGGCGCACUGCCUGGGGAUGAUGCGCAACACGCGGCGGAGGAGGAAAGCCCUUCAAAACGGCCGUUGUUCAGCAGUGAGGAUAAGCCGGUGACGAGUGCAGAACUACGCCAGCUCCUGCAAUUGCACACGCAGGAGAUGAAGGAGGCCUGGUCUUCAAUGCAUGGCAGACUCGGAGAAGUUGAGCGCAAACAACUUAACCAAUCGGGUGAACUUUCCUCUUUGAAAGGACGCGCCAAAAUCAAUGAACGGGAAGUUAUGGCCAUGAAGCAGAGCCAGGAGGUUGCAGCCCGCAAGGUGGAGGCGCUUACCGAGGACGUGAAGAACCUGAAGGUCCAGCUUGAGGAAGUUAAGACGAGUGCCGCCAAGACGCCGGAUGCACCCCCAGGGGCUGGGGUGAAUUGUCAAGAACUCCAACAUCCAGCUCAUGGGCACGAUCCGUGGGGUGACUAUCUUCGUCGACGUGCGGGUGGUCCCGGACUUCUACCUGGACAAGGCCGUUCUCGUGCUGUCGGGGGUGAUGUUGAUCGUGGUGGGCCCUAUCACUCAUCUGAACCUUCUGCGCCAGCCAGAGGUGCACCGGGAGAACAGGGUGACUCACUGAGCGAAGAGGACAAGAAGACUCUGGUGGUGGGCGGCUGGAUGGCAGACGCCCGGCGAGCUGUCAUUGAGGAUGAGUCGGCGGUGAUCCUGCAGCGGGAGGACAUUAAGGCCUUGGUUGAUGUGGAUAAGUUGGCGGUCUAUGGCCCGCGUCGCAGCGUGGGAAUGUUGAAAUUCGUCCAACGAGAGGGUGAAUCCUGUACUGAAGAUGUCCGUUCCAGAAUGUGGAAGGUGGUGAAGAUCUUGGCUCAGGAGAAGUACAUUCUCCCCAGCACCCAGUCGUCGGGGGAUGACAAGGCCAUGUGGGCAGCGUUCAUGAAGACCAAAGCCGCGAGAUCGAGGACCGCCCACAUCAGCAUGCUGAGACGUGUAUGCAUUGCCCUCGCUACGGAGACAAAGGAUGAGGCGGGUGCUGUUCUGAGGUUGGAACAUACGGAGGCAGGGGCCUACGAUAUGGAUUGGAGCGCCGGCACAAUUUGGUGCGGAAUCCACAAAUUGGGGUCAGCUACUCACCGAAGCCCCAAGCCCCAACAGGCCGAAGUCAUCCUCAUGGGCAACGGCUGGGUCAAUUUGGAUGCUGUCGCACUAGUGGCCGGAUGCUCCCCGGACACUGCCAAGCGAGCCUUCGAGCUCGAACUUUGA